ACUUUUCAUCGAUUUCUCAUUCUCAUGUUUUGUUGGUUAUUAUGGAGAAAGGUUGAUUUUGUGGUGCGUGAGUGAAAUAAAAGUGCAAAAAACCUCCUGAAAUAGGCAAAGAACCGUGAAAAUUGUGAUUGCAGUGGGUGCAUGGUGUGGCAAAUGCCAGAGUGCAAGUGAAUAAGAUGAGUUGAAUGUGGUGGAAGAGGUGAAAUUUCAAGGGUAAUCUGCGGAGAAGAACCUGAGUCACUCCCGAUUUUGACAGAUUCGUCCGCACCCAGCAAAAAAGUUUUUUUUUUUGUUGUGAGCCUCUGCCCCCGGACUGCGCACCACAUUGCCCAGCCACCGAGGUACAUCAGCUAAAUCUCCAUUUGGAGAAAAGGAUAGAGAUUUAGCAAAGCAUAAAUUGAUAUUGGAGAGAUAGAGGGAAUUUUUUGUUGUUGUUGAUAAUACGGAAGGUAAAGGAAAGAGGAAGAAGAGUUAAAAGGAAACAAAAUGCCUCUUCCAAAGAGACACGUUGAACCCAUUUAUAUUGCGAGAUCGCAAUAUGUCAACAAUGAUUUUCAGGAGUCAAUUGAACUAGAAACUGUGACAAAUACAACACUAACAAACAUUAUUAGGCAAUUGUCGUCCUUGUCGAAGCAUUCUGAGGACCUUUUUGGUGAAUUAGCACGCGAUACUGGUGCUCUAGCGGAAAGAUUUAACUCACUGCAGGCCCGAAUCGAUAGGUUGGCCAUUAAAGUGACCCAGUUGGAUAGUACGACUGAGGAAAUUUCACUGACGGACAUACAACUGAAGAAGGCCUUCAAGAGUGCCAGUAUGUUCGAUCAGCAAAUAUUUUCGCGUAGCACAAUGCCAACAGCAAUGCUGGAGACAUAUAAACAAUGUGAUAAGCCACCGCCACUGGAUAAGCUCAAUUGCUAUCGAGAUGAUGGGAAGGAUGGAUUGAAGUUCUACACAGAUCCCAAUUACUUCUUUGAGCUGUGGCGACAGGAAAUGCUCAAGGACACUGAAAGGGUGAUGCAUGAUCGUGGGAAGAAGAUUCACAAACCACGACCAGAUGGAGCUACGGCUGGUGCUGGUCCAAGGCACAAGAAACGUGUCAGGACGCCCCAUAACACCAGGGAGAAGCAACGCCAAAUAGCAAUAGGACACGGUGAAACCUUAAUGCCAAAUAAUGUUAUCUAUAGAACACCAAAUUCCCUCAUGAACCCAGAUGAUCCAUACAACAACAUGUCCAUUUACGAUAUGAGACCCAACAGACCAAAUUCAAUUGAAUUGCGUCGAAGUUACCCAGCUGAGGCGGUUGAUGGGUAUCCCCCAGGAUCACCAAACUAUCAACAGCAGAACAAUUACCAUCAACAACAAACAAUGUACGAUGAAAAUGUUUACAAUCACCAAGCUCUCUAUGGGGCUCCGGGUGGCCAGGCUCCACUCUCGUCCGACAGUCUCUAUGCCCCGGGGACUCCAUCGAGGACAAAGCCACGUCCGUCACAGCCACCGCCGGCACCGCCAUCGUCCGGCAGCGGCGGUGGCACUCCUAGCACAUCGAAUGCCAACACACCAACACGUGGCAGGAGCAUGUCCACUGGACGCGAUACUUUGCCUCCUCCGCCGCCAAUUCCCGAGGCCAUUACCUCUCCGCCGCCCCCAAUAAAUGGCGGCAGCGUGGCGGCCAAGCUGCUGGGCAGGAGUCACAGUACUUCGCGUUCCGGAUCGCCACAGCUCAAUUCAACUGUGCAGGAUCAGAAUGCCCUAGUGAUGGCUCAGCUCAAUACCCAGAUAAAUAAUUUAGCAAAUAUGGGCAUCCAUGGAGUGCCCCAUCAAAUUAGUGCAAUGAAUGAUUUACCUCCACCACCACCAAUUCCCGAACAGAUGUCUCCCAAACCUUCACCACCAAAUUCUGCUCCACCACCUCCGCCACCUCCUCCGCCACUUGUCGAUGGCCUAAUGAGUCCUCCUCCAACAAGUUGUGCCCCCAUUGCGGCCCUGACAAAUGGCGAUGUGAAGAAUUUGAAUGCUAUCAUGAAUGUGCAGCAGCAGAAUAUCAUUAAUCCUACCAAAAAGAUUCUACCGCCCGUUCAUGAUAACAGAAAUGAUCUAAUGAAGGCAAUUCGCGAUGGAAUCAAACUGAGGAAAGUGGAAAAGUCCGAAGCGAAGGAGAAUGAGCGUUCGACGGCUUUCCAUGAUGUUGCAUCAAUUCUGGCCAGGAGGGUGGCUAUUGAGCUUUCAGAGUCGGAGACAUCGGAAAGUGAUGAGGACAGCGAGGGUUGGAUGGAGCCUAAUGAGACUUCAGCGUAAAUGAUGCAACAUGGCACCAAGAGGAAGGUGAAACAAAAAGGAAGUUUCUAUAAUAGACAACUUGGUAAUUAAAUUAUUUGAUUUAUAUACUUUUCCUAAAUGCAAUUCACAUCGAUUGGAUGACAAACCUCGAGAGAGGCGGUUUAGUCAUUUUCUUAAAAGAUAUAUAAAAUAUGAUUAAUAUAUUUGUAGUAAAGAGAGAGAGAGAGUUUUCUGUGCUUUGCGCAUAUUUUCUAUUACUGCCUCCAUAAAAUAAUGUUUGGGAAUUUUUUUUUCAAUUGUAAAUAGCAUUGAAGAUAUAUUGCAAACGAGAGAUAUUUUUUUUGUCAAAUAAUAACAUUGAAUUUUAUUAUUUGUCGGAGUGAAGGAUGAUUCUUAGAAACGCGAUGACCAAAGGUCUCGCCCUUUUGACUCCGACUGCGCAUCUGUGCAUUUAUUUCUGCAUCUACAUACAUAUAUAUAUUGCUUGCCGGGCCAUUUUCAAAUAUUGAGCAUACCUGGCGUAUUUUUUGUACUUGUAUAUUUUUUUAAGGAUAAAAAGAAACAUUACUCUUUUGUUAUUUAAAAAUAAAUUACGAAAUGUA